AGAGGACCCUGGGCGCCCUUCCUCUCUCCUCCUUCUCCUCGUCCUCCUCCUUCGGGGAGCCUCGGAUGAGCGCCUCUCCUUCGGCGUCGGCGAUGGCGGAGCUGAAGGCGUUGGGCGGCGAGUCCUACCUGAGUUACCACCCGGCGGCCUUCGCGUACAGCGCGCUGAGGGGCUCCUCCGUCGUGGGAGGGGUCCCACCGGAGGCUCUUCCCUCUCGGCUCUUCCCGCCCUUCCCGGGCCCGACGGCGGAGAGUAGCGGCGAGCAGAGCGGUGAGGAGGAGGAGGACGCGACGGCGGCGGGAGACGGAGGAAGGGGAGGAGGAAGCAGCCCCGGGAUGGCCUUCGAGUCCCGCGCCCGAGACGAGUCUCGCCCCUCGGGGGGCUCCAAGAAGCCGAAGGAGCCGCGCUCUUUGCGCCUGAGCAUCAACGCGCGGGAGAGGCGGCGGAUGCACGACCUGAACGACGCGCUGGACGGGCUGCGCUCGGUCAUCCCUUACGCGCACAGCCCGUCGGUGCGCAAGCUCUCCAAGAUCGCCACGCUGCUCCUGGCCAAGAACUACAUCCUGAUGCAGGCCCAGGCGCUGGAGGAGAUGCGCCGCCUGGUCGCCUACCUCAACCAGGGGCCCCAGGGGCCCGCCCUGCCCGCCGCCGCCGCCUUCGCCCAGCCCGCCGCCCUCUACCCCUUCGCCCCCGCCGCCCCCGCCGCCCCCAUCACCCCCACCGGCGUCCCGCACAAGUGCGCCUUCCCCGCCGCCCCCGGGCUCUGCAAACACUGCAGCCAGAAGCCCUGA